AUGUUGCCGGAACCGCCGAUUUUUAAAGAAACCCACAUUGAUGGCUUUGGCGAUGUUGAAUUUUUGGACGGGCCGACCGAAAAAUUAUGGAAACAAUGGUACGACCAAAUCGCUGCCGAAGGCUGGAGCUCGGAUGACGUGAGCAUGAGGACGACAACGCCGAUACUUCCGAGUACGCGAUGUGUAUUUGCGCGACGAAAGGAUACCGGUGACUUCUUGGGUACGGUAACUUGGAACGAAUACGACGGGUACACCUUCAUCGGGAUCUUCCUCGUCCUGGCGGAGAUGCGCGGAAAGGCCUCCAAGGCCCUAGAACCACGCCUCGUCAGCCAGCUUACCCCAGAAGAAUUCGAAAAGUUGCUGGAAUUUGAUAGAUUUGUCACAGGCAGAGACCGCUCCCAAUUCCUCCGGCUCCACUAUGGGCUGGAGGUCACCGAGGGGGCUGUACUGUUUGGUGAUGAUCGGAAGGUGGUAGCAGUGGCUUCCGUUGGACCAACCGACCGCCCGGAAGAUCACAACUGGAAGGUGGCGCCGAUUUAUGCGAAUAAUUUGGAGACUGCAGCAACGCUGGCAAUCAUUGUGGCAAAUUGGGCCGGCGCACAGGACGAAAAAGCUCGAAUUUUGCUCCCAAUCCUCGAUGACACGAGAGGGGCCGAGGAGUUGGCUACGGUAUUGAAGAAACAUAUCGUGCCCCAUGUUGUCGGCAUUACGCUUUACAACGGUGACUACAGUAACCCAAUACGACUUGAACACCUUUACGUGCCGCACAAUAAUUCUGGGCAUUUUGAUGCU